ACCGAGAUCGCUCUCACCGAGGCCGGUUGUCAGCUGUCCACCAUCACGACUGGUCACGCGAUCAAACGGAGACCGUUGAGUCGGAACACGGAGCUGCUCCUCGUCGGCUUGUUGACAUUUCUCGCAUCGAGUCUCCUCUGGUCGAGUCUGACGUAUGCCGUAGAUAGUGAGCUUGAGCAUCAUUCGUUGGAGCAACACGUUGCACACAAAGACGGAAGACGUAUCUGCAUUUCGAGAGAAUGCGUAACCACAGCUGCAUCACUUCUGAAUGCGAUGGAUCCCAACGCCGAUCCCUGCCACGACUUCUUCCAAUACGCCUGUGGGACGUGGAACAAGGUUCAUCGCAUACCGGACGACAGACCGUCGAUAUCGACCUUCGAAGUUCUUUCCGAUCAGGUUCAGCUGAAAGUCAGAGAUUUACUGGAAGAGCCUAUCGGUGACCGUGAGAACCCUGCUUUCGUAAAGUCAAAACAACUGUACAAGGCCUGCAUGAACACCAAGACUACGAGCGAGAAAACGUUGCGGAACUGGAUUACAGAACUCGGCGGAUGGCCUCUUCUUGGAGGUGUCUGGAAGACCCCGAAUACUUCUCUCGAAACAUUCGUCAGCCAUAUCAAGAUGAACUUCAAUUUGGAAAUUCUCUUCCAUCAAUGGGUUGGUCCGGACGAUCGCAACUCUUCGAUAAAUAUCAUCCAGUUCGACCAAAUGCCGAUGGUGAGCAGAGGCGCUCUAGGGAGAGAUUGGUACAUUAUGGACCGCUUCGCGAAGGACAGGAAAGCCUAUCAGAGGAUGAUCUCUGACAUCGCAACGCUUCUCAGCGGACCUGGAACGAGAUCAGAGGAUAUCCAGAAAGAUAUUGACAAUCUCGUCGCCUUCGAGAUCGCCAUCAUAAAGAGCGGUUUGCCGGAAGUGGAUCGGCUCGACUCGUGGGCUCGCUACAGGAAACUCAGCUUGCGGAACCUGACGGACCUCGUUCCAGCGUUCAACUUCACCGUGUACCUCCACGAAAUGUUCAAAGGCAUUCCUGUUUUCAUACCGGACUCAGAAUCAACCGUUGUUUACGCCUACGAGACUUUUAAAGCCCUUUCUCCGAUCCUAGAGAGAACCGAUCGUAGAACGAUCCAAAACUACGCCGUCUGGAAAGUAAUAAACUCCGUCCUCCAGUAUCUCCCCGAAAGAUUUUCGAAGAUCCUCCUCGAAUUUCUGAAGAGUUCUAAAGGGAUCCUUAGUGAGAAGAAAGAAUGGAGGAACUGCGUCGACAUAACGACUAAGAAAAUGGGCUAUGGAGUAAGUGCACUUUUCAUUCGAGACCACUUCGAUCGUUCGUCGAAGACUAUCGCUCAAGAGAUGAUUCACAAUCUCAGGGAAGCUUUCAACGAGCUCCUCGAGGAAAAUGACUGGAUGGAUCAGGAUACAAAAAAGGUCGCUCGAGAAAAAGCAAAUUCUAUGAACGAAAAGAUCGGAUACCCUGAUAUCUUCGAUAAUGACAGCCUUCUCGCCGGCGAGUACAACGAGCUUGAAAUCAAUCCCGUAUUCCUGGAAUCGCUCCGGAAUCUCGGUCGAUGGGAAAGCGGUCGGACUCACAUUCGACUCAGACAAACCGUGGACAGGAAUAGGUGGACCAAUAAUCCUGCUGUGGUGAACGCUUUUUACGGGCCCAACAAGAACGACAUUGUAUUUCCGGCUAGCAUUCUUCAACCAUUCUUCUACAGUAAGCAUUUUCCGAAGUCGGUGAACUACGGAGGAAUCGGGGUUGUAAUCGGUCACGAAAUCACUCAUGGUUUCGAUGACAAGGGGCGCCAGUUCGAUAAGGACGGUAACAUGCAGCUGUGGUGGAAUAACAAAACGAUCGAAACUUUUCGUAAACGAGCAGAAUGCAUGAUCGAGCAGUACUCAAAGUACUCCAUGCCAGGAUUCGGCAACGUGAAUGGACGUCUGACUCAAGGAGAGAACAUUGCGGACAAUGGAGGACUGAAGCAGGCCUUCCGAGCUUUCAAGCGAUGGGAGCGACAGCACGGCGUCGAGCCCUAUCUGCCUGUCUUGAACAUGACUCACGAUCAGAUUUUCUUCCUGAAUUUUGCUCAAAUCUGGUGCGGUUCCAUGAACAGACAAGAAACAGAGGCCAAACUACGGAAUGCUUUGCAUUCACCCGGACCGAUCAGGGUCCUCGGAACACUCGCCAACUCGCGAGAUUUCGCGAACGCUUACAACUGUCCGCUCGGCAGCCGGAUGAACCCGGUGCAUAAAUGCUCUUUAUGGUGA